AAGAAACAAAGAAAGAAAGAAAGAAAGAAUGUGUGAAGCCCUUAAAACGCAGUACCAAGUUUGCGAAGAGGAAGAGAUCGGUCGCGGUCGCUUCGGCACCAUCUACCGCUGCUUCCACCCAAACUCGAACGAACCCUUCGCUUGCAAACUCAUCCACAAGUCCCUUCUCUCCGAUUCCACCGAUCGUCAGUGCCUUCAGAACGAACCCAAAUACCUCUCUCUUCUCUCUCCUCACCCCAACGUCCUCCAAAUCUUCGAUUUCUUCGAGGACGACCACAACCUCGCCAUCGUCGUUGAGCUUUGCCAACCCCUCACACUCUUCGACCGCAUCGUCGCUCACAAUCCAUUACCCGAACCCCAAGCCGCUUCCCUCGUCAAACACCUCCUCCUCGCCGUCGCCCACUGCCACCGCCUUGGCGUCGCGCACCGCGACAUCAAGCCCGACAACAUUCUCUUCGAUUCCAACGACAACCUUAAACUCGCCGACUUCGGUUCCGCGGAGUGGUUCGGCGACGGGAGGAACAUGAGCGGGGUGGUGGGGACGCCGUAUUACGUGGCGCCGGAGGUUCUGUUGGGGAGAGAGUAUGAUGAGAAAGUUGAUGUUUGGAGUUGCGGUGUUAUUUUGUACAUAAUGUUGAGUGGGAUUCCUCCUUUUUAUGGUGACUCUGCUGCUGAGAUUUUUGAGGCUGUUGUCAGGGGUAACCUUAGGUUUCCUUCUAGGAUCUUUAGGUCUGUUUCUCCUUCUGCUAAGGAUCUCUUGAGGAAAAUGAUUUGCAGGGACGCUUCCAGAAGAUUCUCUGCUGAACAAGCCUUGAGACACCCUUGGAUCUUGAGUGCCGCUGACACCGUUGAUUUGACUUGAAUUUGAGGUUAUGAGAGUUUCAAUGCAAUGGAAGUUAGAGAGAGACUUGACUUAAGCUACUUGCUUGUAGCUAAUUUUGCCUCUUGUUUUCUCUCUAGUGUGUCAAUAAGGUCUACUGUUUGAGGCAGAGGAAGGAAACAGAGCAUGUCCUGUAAAUUCUCCU